UAAAGAAACUCUUGCUUGCUUGUACUGGUACAGCACUGUUACUGCUACUUCGCAAUAUGUCCACGGGGGGAAUGUUCCAUUUUCCAGUGAUUGGGAGAGGCCUGGGUGGGAUGAUGUCCACUUCACACGAAGAGAUGGAGAUUUGCUAGGAAUUCUUGCAGCCGCGCAAGGGAUUUUGAGAGGUAUAACACGCCCAUCCAAAGCUCGACUCAUAAUCUCUCUGGAGCUUCCAAGUUUUGUCAAUCGACUUGGGCGAUUCCUCUCUAUCUCUGAUCGCUCGCAACUUAUCACUAGACAGCGUGUUCAAUUGAUCCUCUUUUUUCUCCUUGUGUUUCUUGCUUUUGUUUGUUUGUUGCAGGGCCGAGGAGCCAAAGUCAAGGCUGUAAGGGUGGCCUAGAACUCUAGCACGAGGACAAAGCUCUUGGCAUUUUCUUCCAGGUGCUUUGGACAAACACUUGAGAGAGAGGAGUAAAAGAAAGUCGGCUCGCUAGCUCCUCCUAGUAUACUGAACCAAAGAGUUCUUUUCUACUGAAAGAAAGAACUCCUACUCAACUUUAUGCAUCGUCCUCAUCUUGGCGAGCGCUGGAGAGUCACCCUCUUGUUCGUAUCCUUGCUCUGCUUUGUUUUCCACUCCGGAGUCACUCAUGGACGACAUCCUGGAGAUUCUCAACAUGCCGUCGUGGUCGGAUAUCGGUGGCCUGAGGAACCAGCUCGAGUUUAUCAAUCCACCAUCCGGAGCAGCGCCUGAUCAACCGGGAGCCUCUGGGGACUCCAAGGAUCACUCAGCAGUUACAGAAGAGUGCCAGGAUCAGUCGCAAGCUGGAUCGUAUGUGGACUCCUUCCUCCACAGCCAGCAGCAGCAAAGCUUGCUGGAUCAUUCUGGCUUGCAGCUUAGCGGAGGAGGAGGAGGAAUCGGCGUGAACUGCAACAUCAUGGCCAACCAAGGAUGUUCUUCCUCGCCUUUCCCCAUGCUCCUCCCGGGCGAGGCAAACUCGGUCAUGGCUUCUCUCAACUCUCCCUCCCAUGGAAGCUUUGGCGAUUCCUCUCGGCUAUGGCAGCAGCAGCAGCAGCCUUUCAUAGGGGACCUCCAGCAGCAGCUCAGGCCUGGAGAUUUGUUCAAUCUCAACGCUGGCAUGUUCUCCUCGAGAUACCGCAGCGCUGGAAACAUUCCCUCAAACUUGAGAAUGCAGCACAGGGAAGGAGCGAGUAGUGUGUUCAGUGCUUAUGGAUUGGGCCAGCAGAAGCCUCAAAUUCAAGCAGCUCCAUCGCGAGGUUCGUAUAGAAGCGCUCAGCCUGCCCCUAUGGCUCCAAUUUCUGGAGCUCCGAGGCCUCGAGUUCGUGCUCGCCGGGGCCAAGCCACCGACCCUCACAGCAUUGCCGAGCGACAACGCAGGGAGAGAAUCGCGGAAAGGAUGAAGGAGCUGCAAGGAUUGGUACCAAAUGCUAACAAGACCGACAAAGCGAUUAUGCUGGAUGAGAUAAUCGAGUACGUAAAAUUCCUCCAGCUCCAAUCAAAGAUAUUCUCAAUGUGUCGCAUGGGAAGCUCAGGGUCCCAGCCACCUCCAGAGUCUUAUUCCAGUGCCAUGGCUACGAGCUUGAGCCAGAGCAAUGGCGCUUCGGCAGAGAGCUUGGCGAGCCUGGAGCGGCAGGCAGCUCGGCUCAUGGACGAGAGCAUGGGCAGCGCACUGCAGUUCCUCCAGAGCAAGGGCUUUUGCCUCAUGCCCGUCUCCAUGGCCGCGGCUUUGUCCGCUACAAAAUCCAUCCACCAGCCAAUAUUUCCUCAGGAAAAGGUCGAGGCCUCCACAGUAGUAACUGCAGAGAGGCCUCAAUAACGUUAGCACCUUUAAGUGAAAGUUUCGCCAGUGCAAUAAGUUGAUGGUAUUUCAUGUUGACAGUGCC